AUGAACAUGUUAGAUGGGGCUCCGUUCGUAAAUGAACUGAUUGAUCUAGAGAAAACUUUCGAUUUUGUUUAUUGGGGACACUGGUUGAAUUUAUUGCAACACAUAAAGUUUGGCUCUAAGUGGAUUAGAUGGAUUCAAAAUUGUAUUUGUAACAAUUCGGGCUCCAUUCUGAUCAAUGGUAGUCCUUCUAAAGAUUUUAUAACUGAGAGGAGGUUCCGUCAAGGGGAUUUGUUAUCUCCUUUCCUUUUCUUGAUUUCGGAAGAAGGUAUCGUCGGGCUGAUGAGAAAUGCCAGGUCAUUCUUAAGUUUCUCUCCUUUUUUAGUGGAUGCAGCUUUAGGUUAUGACUUGGUUCAAUAUGCGGAUGAUAUGAUCAUCAUGGGAAAGACUUGUUGGGAUAAUAUUUGGGCUAUUAAGCCGGUUUUCUGUGGUUUUGGAUUGGUAUCGGGUUUGCGUAUUAGUUUCAGCAAGAGUAAGAUAACUGGUUGUCAUGUGCACUACUUGGAGCCUAUCCUCUUGAAGCUUCGUAACAAAUUGGCUAUUUGGAAAGGGAAGAAGGUUUUGCUAGGCGUUAGAGUUACACUCAUAAAUGCGGUUCUGAACUCUCUCCAUGUGUUUUAUUUCCCGUUCUAUAAAGCCCCUAAAUGGGCUGUUAAAGAGAUUAUUGGUAUUCAACGUGAUUUUCUUUGGGGAGGUUUGGAAAAUGAGAAGAAGCAUAUCAAUUGGGUUUCUUGGUCUUCCAUCUGCAAACAUAAGCUUCAAGGCGGUCUUGGAAUUAAAUGUGAGCUUUUCAUUCUAGCUUUGCUUGGAAAAUGGGAUUGGAGGAUUAUGUCGGAUUCUAGCGCCUUAUGGCUCCCACUUAUGCGUUUCAAAUAUAGUGACAUUAGGGCGUUGGUUUUGGAUCAUUCUUUCCAGGUUAAGUGUACAAAGCAAUCUCUCUGGUGGCGUGACUUAAGGUUGGCAAUGGGUUAUAUGGAUGAGAACCUUGGCUGUUUAGGAGCAGUGUAA